CCCCCCUCAAGACCUUGGUAUCAACCAUCGCCUUUCGUUUGGCGUUGAGUGAGGAGGGCGCUUUGCUAGAUGCUUCUUUUGAACGUCAUCUUCUACAGUAUAUCUGUCCCAUUUAGUCCGCCAAUAUUGGGUGCCUGCCUAAUGGUUCGACACACGGGUCUGCAGUGUAUGUCUCUGUGACGCCCAAUUUACGUAUGACAUUGAUCUCCGCCCAAAGCCGAUUAUCUCGACCCUGACUCUCUCUCUAUCUCUGCACCAACCGUUAAGACCAGCAAGAUACCAGACACGACCACCAUGUCCGGCAAAAUCCCUCUGAUCACGCUCGAAGAGCAUUUUAUCUCGCAGGCCGUCCUCGACUACUAUGCCCGACAAGGCGUAGAGACCACUCUUCCGGAAUCUCAUUCCCAUAUCAUGACCUCGCUACGCGAUGUCGGGACUCAACGGCUCAAGUCGAUGGACGUUGGCCGGGUGAGCAUACAAGUAAUCUCACACAGACCAAAUUCCAUUCCCCUUCCACCAGAAGUGUGCAUGGCGGCAAACAACGAACUCUACGAGGCUAUCAGCUCAUCCCCGUCCCCGGAUCGUUUUGCCGCCUUUGCCAUGCUACCGACAUUACACCCCGAAGCCGCCGCAAAAGAACUGGAUCGAUGUGUGUCAGAACUCGACUUCGUUGGCUCUCUGAUUGACAACAUGGCCGGAGGCCGCUUUUACGACGAUACAUUCUUUUGGCCCAUCUUCGCUGCCCACGAAAAGCUCGAUGUGCCUGUGUACUUGCACGCAGCGCCACAUCCUCUGACCGAAGCGUCCUCUUUCCAUGGCAACUACGCGCCCCAAGUGUCAGCAUUUCUGGCGAACCACGGCUUCAGCUGGCACGCUGAGGUGGCUCUCCACCUGCUACGACUCUUCGCAUCCAAACUCUUCGACACGCAUCCCCACCUCAAGGUCAUACUAGGUCACAUGGGCGAAAUGCUCCCUUUCCAACUCGACCGGAUACACAAGUUGAUCCAACGGACGUGGCCCGCCUCAUCGAAGCCUAGGCGACAUCUCCUGCAAGUCUGGCAUGAGAACAUAUACAUCACCACUGCCGGCAUGUUCAGUUUGGCGCCGAUGGCCUGUCUGAUCCACAUGUGCUGCGCGGACAAGGUGCUCUACUCGGUGGACUACCCGUUCUGCAACAACCAGGAAGGCCUGCGAUUCAUGCACCAGCUGCAAAAUAGCGGCAUGGUCAAUGAAGACGACUUUGAGGCGAUUGCGCACAAGAAUGCCGAGCGACUGCUUGACCUGCGAAUCACGGAAGGCAAUGACGUUGGUAUGGAACCGCUUGGGGAAGACGGCGAGGAUGGGUACCGGCUACGGCCGUGGUUGUCGACGGAGAGCUCCACCGGCCUAUCUGGCAUCAACGACUUCGCGAAUUCGCCACUGGAGACUGUGAAAGAGUAGAGAAUGCUCAAUCGCAGCUCCUAUCAGACCUGCUCAUACGUUACAUCCAUGAAAGCCCGGGACAUGUGGCGGAGGGAAGGCAAACUAUGACCGUGCAAACAAGCAUUUACUUACCCGUACGUGAUGUUCGGGUAUGCAUUACAUGAUUGCCAUUUCAAUCACCCGGUACAGAACAUGACGUGGGGUCUGCGGAGAGAAGGAAAACGCUUUGCUUGAUCAUGUUUCAUCGUAUACCAUUGCUCUAGUUGGCUGCCAGCAUAGGACGAGGGUGAUAUUCGAGCUCGAGCCAUUUUUUGUCUUCACUCGAUUGCGUAGCUCACGUACGACAAAGACAAGACAAGACGAUCUAGUCUUGCGCAGGCAGUGCGCACAAAAAGGACAAUAGGCACCAGAGGGCUUAAGAAGGUG